AUGAAAGUCCACUGCUAUAACAUAUUAUUAUUUUCUCUUCUAUUACAUAGAUUGUUAUUAUCAUCAUCGAAGGUAAAUAUCGAAAUGAACCAUCACAACACACCCCAUAUAAAAAACAGAGAACCAACAAAAUCAUAUAGAUCAUUAUGCGAAUGUGAACUAUAUACAUACAUCUAUGAUGAUGACCCAGAUAUGAAAGAAAUAAUGAACGAUUUUGAUCGACAGACAUCACAACGUUUUGAAGAAUACAAUGAACGUGUGAACAAAAACAGACAAAAAUGUAAAGAACAGUGUGAUAGAGAUAUACAAAAUAUUAUUUUAAAAGAUAAAGUCGAAAAAUCAUUAUCAGAAAAAGUGGAAAAGGGUUGUCUUAGGUGUGGGUGUGGGUUAGGAGGUGUCGCAGCAGGUGUUGGAAUAUUCGGGGCAUUGGGUACCUAUGGUUGGAAAGUCGCUGCAACGGCUACGGCUAUUGAAUUCGCUACUCAGGAGGGUAUAAAGGCAGGUAUCCAAGCAGCAAUUGAGCAAAUAAAGAUUACAGUUUUUAAUAGUUUAUUGAAUGUUGAAUGGUUAAAUUUUAUUAAUGCAUCAAAUUACAAUUCUAUCGCUGGUCUUGUUGAAGCUGUCAAGGCUGCCGUGGUUUCAACUGAAAGAACGUCUGAAUUAUCUAGUAAUACUAUGGAUCGCGUGCGCAAUGCCUUAUCUGAAGCGGAAAAUUGGUUUAGUCCAGCUGUAAGAGAAGGUACUCAAACUACUGCUUCUACAAUAACAACUGUUCAAAGGACUCAACUUGUUGACGUAACAGCUACAAGUACAUAUUCGUACAUGGCAAUUGCUUACUCUGUCAUUGCCAUAUUGAUUAUAGUUUUGGUUAUGAUAAUCAUAUAUUUAAUUUUACGUUAUCGACGAAAAAAGAAAAUGAAUAAAAAAGCCCAAUACACAAAAUUAUUAAAUCAAUAA